AUGGAAAAAGAUAAGACAGGAGCACGACUGUUGAAGGAUAAACCAAGAAUCAAUAACUCGACUAUUGAUAGAAAAUAUCUUUCUUCUCUAUCCAGUAACACUUUGGGAAAAGAAUACUCCAGAUUCCUUGAUUCUCUUCACACGAGCCCUGAUGCUCGCCCUAAUGUAAAAUACAUAGAUGAUCCUAAUCAUUUGUAUGUUAUGCAAAGGUAUCGAGAAACGCAUGAUUUCACUCAUAUUGUUCUUAAUAUGAGAACAAAUAUGGUUGGAGAGGUCGUUGUUAAAUAUUUCGAAGGUAUACAAUUAGGUUUGCCCAUGUGCGUAGCCGCUGCUAUCUUCGGUGGCGUUCGGCUGAAAUCAAAGAAUAGACAAAAUCUACUGGAUGAAUAUCUGCCCUGGGCUAUCGCACAAGCUUGCAAUUCUAAAUUGCUCAUUAGUGUUGAUUGGGAAAACCAUUGGGAAACGCCUUUACCUAUUCUUAGAAAACAACUAGGUCUAAUGGAAACACCAGAGUUGGGAUCACUGACAUAA